CGUGAGCAGUCACGGCGUCGGUGCCCCGGACGCUCACAUUCGGCAGCAGCGGCGCCGGGGCAGAGUUGGACCGGGAGGAAUGUCGGGACAUGCCUCCAGCGCGCUGACAGCGAGCGGCCGCGUUUCCUGCCGACCGGCGCGCGCGCCUCGUUUCUUCUUCUUCUGCGUUGGUUUUCGGCGCUGUGACUCUACGUUAGUCGGGUUUCGUCUGAACGCGGACAUCGGCCUAACGAAGGGCUGGAAAGUAAAGAUUCCUGGAAUCUCACCAUGUUUAAGGCCGUGCUGAAGAAACGAGACGGAGGCAAGGGGAGCAAGAAGGAAUCAGGUGAUGUUCACGGUCACAGCACCCAAGGACGAUACCCACAGGAGGGGAAGCAGCUGCAGGGCCCUGGCGUCAGCCAUCUUUUUGCACAGGAUGAUGUUUUCCGGCUAAGCCUCGCCAAAGGAGUGUCCAUGUCUCUCCCCUCGUCACCGCUCCUGCCAAGACAGUCCUACAUGAUGCCCCUGCGUCCCACCAAGAGGUCGCCAGGUCCUAUCAGAAAGCCCAAAUAUGUGGAGAGUCCUCGUAUUCCUUCUGAUGCCAUCGUGUCAGCGCUGAGAAAAGCGGAUAACAAGGAGCCCCCACACAAUGAGCUGCCGUCAGAGAAACCGUCGAGCCCCGCCUCCCCUGCUACCCAGGAACUAAUGACAAGACUUGGCUUUUUACUGGGAGAAGGGAUCCCGGGCACGGCACGCAUACCUAUGGACGACAAGAAUGAAAAGAAGUGCAACGUGACCAGCCAGGGCAUCAGCCCCUGCUCCACGCUGACCAGCAGCACGGCGUCUCCCAGCACCGACAGCCCGUGCUCCACGCUCAACAGCACGGCCGGCCGCCCGCCUCUCAGCCGCUCCAGCCCCUGCGGCACCAUCACCAGCCCCAGCUCCACGCUCGAGAGCAAGGACAGCGGCAUAAUAGCCACCAUCACCAGCUCCUCGGAGAACGAUGACCGCAGCGGCUCCAGCCUGGAGUGGAGUAAGGACGGCAGCCUGAGAGGCAGCGGGCGCCAUGGCCUCGCGCAGGGCGCGCGGGCCGACACCUGCUCGCCCGUGGCCGAGGAGGAGUCCAGCGGCGCCGCGGCAGCGCCGGCCGACGCGCCGACCCGGCCGGAGCAGCAGCAGCAGCAGGCCGGCAUAUCAGCGGGGGCGCCCCAGCCUCCAAGCCAGUCGCCGGAGGGGCCCGUCGCUUACCCGCAGCAGACGUCGUCCCUCGUGAUGCCGAGACCCAACUCAGUAGCAGCGACGAGUUCCACCAAGCUGGAGGACCUGAGCUUUCUGGAUGAGCAGCGCAACACCCCCCUGCGGACGUCCAUCCGCCUGCCCUGGCACAACACGGGGGGGCGGCCGCCGCAGGACUCCAAAGCUCGCUUCGCUCCCUACAAACCGGUGGACAUCAUGCUCAAACCCCUGCUGUUCGAGGUGCCCAGCAUCACCACGGACUCCGUGUUCGUGGGCCGGGAUUGGCUCUUUGAGCAGCUGGAAGACGCGCUGAGCGGCUCCGCGGGGGGCCACGGGGCCGUGGUGGUGGGCAGCGUGGGCUACGGGAAGACGGCCAUCAUCUCCCGACUGGUCGCUCUGAGCUGCCACGGAGGGCGCAUGCGUCAGAUUGCCUCCAACAGCCCCAGUGCCUCUCCCAAAAGUGGCGGUGGAAGCGCGGAGCUUCCUCUGAGCCAGCCCCCGCAGCCCACCCCACCGUCCAGUGCCGCCAACACGCUGAGGACCGGCAGCUGUCCAGGGACGCCCGAGAUGCAGCGGCGCAGGGAGGAGGCAGUCAAGCGUCUGGCUGCAAAGGUGGUGGCGUAUCACUACUGCCAGGCAGACAAUACAUACACUUGCCUGGUACCAGAGUUCGUACACAGCAUCGCAGCCCUGCUGUGCAGAGCGCACCAGCUCAGCGCCUACAGGGAGCUGCUGCUGAAGGAGCCCCACCUCCAGAGCAUGCUGAGCCUGCGCUCCUGCGUCCAGGACCCCAUGGCGGCGUUCCGAAGGGGCGUCCUGGAGCCGCUAGCCGUCCUGCGAAAAGAGCGCAAGAUUCCAGAGGAGGACCACAUCAUCCUGAUCGAUGGGCUGAACGAAGCAGAGUUCCAUAAGCCUGAUUACGGAGACACUGUGGCCUCCUUCAUCACUAAGAUCAUUACCAAGUUCCCCUCCUGGCUUAAACUGGUUGUCACAGUCCGGGUCAACUUGCUGGAGAUCACCAGUCUUCUGCCCUUCUCCAAAAUCUCACUGGACGACAUUUCCGACAACAAAGAGAUCAGCAAUGACCUCAAUGCGUAUAUCCAGUAUCGGAUCAACGGCAGCAAGGAUAUCAUGAACAACAUUAGCCUGAACGGCAAGGCCGACCCCGUCACGGUCGGCAAGCUGAGCAGCCACCUGAUCUCCCGCAGCCAGGGCUCCUACCUGUACCUCAAACUGACCCUGGACCUGUUCGAGCGCGGCCACCUGGUGAUCAAGAGCUCCAGCUACAAAGUGGUGCCCGUCUCGCUGGCCGAGCUCUACCAGCUGCAGUGCAACAUGAAGUUCAUGACCAACUCGGCGUUCGAGCGCUCGCUGCCCGUGCUCAACGUGGCGCUGGCGUCGCUGCACCCGCUGACCGACGAGCAGCUGUUCCAGGCCGUCAACGCGGGCCUGGCGCGCGGCGAGCUGCACUGGGAGGACUUCCAGCAGCGCAUGGAGCUGCUGGCGUGCUUCCUCGUCCGGCGGCGGGACAAGACGCGCAUGUUCUGCCACCCCUCCUUCAGGGAGUGGCUGGUGUGGAGGGCCGACGGGGAGAGCGCCGACUUCCUCUGCGACCCCAGAUCUGGCCACGCGCUCAUGGCUUUCAUGUUGUCCCGCCAAGAGGGGAAACUGAAUCGUCAGCAGACCAUGGAGCUGGGACAUCACAUCCUCAAAGCACACAUCUUCAAGGGCCUGAGUAAAAGAACCGGCGUCUCAUCCAGCGUUCUGCAGGCUCUGUGGAUCAGCUGUAGCGCCGACGGCCUCUCUGCAGCGCUGGCCUCCCUGAGGAACCUCUACACGCCCAACGUCAAGGUGAGCCGGCUGCUGAUGCUCGGCGGCGCCAACGUGAAUUAUCGCACGGAGGUCCUGAACAACGCGCCGGUGCUGUGCGUUCAGUGCCACCUCGGCCACCAGGAGAUCGCCUCGCUGCUGCUGGAGUUCGGCGCCGGCGUGGACGUGGUGUCGGAGAACGGCAUGAACCCCCUCAGCUUCGCGGCUGCUGCCGGACACCUGGGCUUGGUCGUGCUGCUCUGCAAGAGGGAGGCCAAGGUCAAUCACACGGAUAAGAGUGGCCAGUGUGCACUGGUCCACGCUGCUCUUCGAGGACACCUGGACAUCGUCCUGUAUUUGCUGGAGCUGGAGUGGAGCGGCGAGGGGCCGCAGCAGGACUGUGCUCUGAAGAACAAAGCUCUGCAGCAGGCUCUGAUAGCGGCGUCCAGCAUGGGACACGCAGAGGUUGUGAUCGGCUUGCUGGCUUUGAAUAAUGAGCACGCUGUGCAGGUUGAUGGCUGCGACACUCUGUGGGGAGAGACAGCCUUGACGGCGGCGGCGGGCCGGGGGAAGAUGGAGGUGUGCGGCCUCCUGCUGGAGCAGGGGGCGGUGGUGCAGCAGGUCAACCAAAGGGGGGUGUCCCCUCUGUUCUGCGCGGUCCGACAGGGACACUGGCAGAUCGCGGAGCUGCUGCUGCAGCGCGGCGCCGACAUCAACAUCAGCGACAAGCAGGGCCGGACCCUCCUCAUGGUGGCCGCCUGCGAGGGUCACCUGAGCACCGUGGACUUCCUGCUGUGCAAAGGUGCAUCGUUGACCUCCAUGGACAAGGAGGGACUGACGCCGCUGAGCUGGGCCUGUUUGAAGGGACACAAGAACGUUGUGCAGUUCCUGGCGGAGAAAGGCGCCGUCGUGGACCACACGGACAAGAACGGACGGACGCCGCUGGACCUGGCGGCGUUUUACGGCGACGCCGAGAUCGUCCAGUACCUGGUGGAGAGAGGAGCUGUGAUCGAGCACGUGGACUACAGUGGGAUGAGGCCUCUGGACCGAGCCAUCGGCUGCCGGAACACGUCGGUGGUGGUCACUCUGCUGAAGAAAGGGGCCAAGCUGGGCUACAGAACGUCGCCUUAUGAUCGAUCAGGGAACGCUGCCUGGGCCAUGGCUACUUCCAAGCCUGACAUCCUCAUCAUCCUUCUUCAGAAGCUCAUGGAGGAGGGAAACCUACUUUACAAGAAAGGGAAGAUGAAAGAGGCGGCCCAGAGGUACCAGUAUGCCCUGAGGAAGUUUCCUAGAGAAGGCUUUGGCGACGAUCUGAAGGCAUUUAAAGACCUGAGAGUCUCCCUGUACCUCAACCUUUCCCGCUGUCGCAGGAAAACCAAUGAUUUCGGAAUGGCUGAGGAGUUUGCAACAAAAGCACUGGAGCUGAAACCCAAAUCCUACGAGGCCUACUACGCCCGUGCCCGAGCUAAAAGAAGCAGCAGACAGUUCGCGGCAGCGCUGGCUGACCUGCACGAGGCGGCCAAGCUGUGUCCCAACAACCGGGAGAUCCGUCGCCUGCUGGUUCGCGUGGAGGAGGAGUGUAAACAGAUGCAGCGCACGCAGACCAAAGCGGGCCUCGCCGGCGCCGCAGCCGCCUGCGGCCUGCAGGCGUCGGGAGGACACGAGUCCGACCAGGAGCGCGAGGAAGGACACGGGGAGCCUCCGGAGCGCUGCUUCGCCAGGAGUGCGGAGGGCCACAGGGACGUGUUGGAGGAAGACGAAGAGGACGACGGGGCCGCGGAAGCCUGCUGGCCACACAACAGCCAUUCCUACAGCAGAGUCUUACCCUCCGAGCCCGUCAGCAACAGCCUGAGCCCCAGCCCUCCCCCGGGCCCCAGCCGCCCGCCCCCCCAUCGCUAUCCUCGAGAGCACCGGGAGGCUGUGGCCCAGCAGGGCCUGGUCCUCCAGCCCACCAAGCAGGCACAGAUCGUGAAGACCAACCAGCACAUGAGCUCCAUGCAGGCGGGAGGAGGGGCCACGGGGGGCCGCUCUGGCCCCCGGUCUCAGUACGCUCCCUCCAGUCCCAUACCCAGCCGGCACAUGUCCAGCGCGCUGAAGCCCGGCCCGGGCAUCGACAUCAGCCCGCUGGGCCCCCCGCCCAACGAGCCCGCGUACGGGAACCGCGUGUCGCUGGCCGCCGCCGCCGCCUCCAUGGGGCACAGCUGCGAGCACGAGAACCUCCAUUCGUCCCAGGCCUCCUACGCCGCCGGCAGCAGCAGCGGCUCCAGAGAUCUGAGCAAAGACAGGCUGUCGGCCCACUCCGCGUCUCUGGACGGGCUGGCCUGCUCCGGUCCCGGCCCCCAGGGCAACCAGAGCGACUCUCUAAAGGAGGGUCCGUGCGGCGCAGUGGGACCUCCGGGCGGCGGCGGCGGCGGCAGCAUGCGCGUGUCCAGCUCCACCAGCAGCCUGGCUUCCAGCAGCAGCCUGUCGGACAGCGGCAAACUGGGGCCCGACGUCCGCACCAAGACCAAGCCCAGCCAGCAGAGCGGCUCGGAGUACAAGCCCAGGCCCUUCAUGGGCAUAACCGACAAGAAGGCGCGCUUCCAGCAGCAGCAGCAGCAGCAGCAGCUGCAGCACCACAGCCUGCAGGUCGCCGGCCGCGGCUGGUUCAACCACUCGUCCGACGGCCUCUCGUGCCACGUCCUGCCGCCGCUCGACUGCGAGCCGCCGUACGCCAAGGCGGGGGGCGCCUACCCGGAGCAGCACAGGCCCCCGCCGCCUCAGGGGGGCGUGGCCGCCAGCAGCCUGCAGAACGGCACGCACGCCAAGGACUUCUGCCAAGCCUCCAACUGCUACAAAGAGCCCAAGCCGGCGCUGGCCGUGCAGCACGGCUUCAUGGACGGCAACAAGCCCGCCGGCCUGCGGGAGAAUCCCGCCAUGCACGUCGCCGCCAUGAAACCAAAGCGCUCCUUUAUAGAGUCAAACGUGUAGAGACGCACGCGCUGUAACAAUCUGAAGAGGAGUCGUCGCAGACGCUGUUUCGCUGUGUGAGCACAGGCUGCAGGCAGUGGAUGGAUGCUCCGGGACCCCCCUCCCCUCACCCGCCGCCCCCCUCCCCACUGGCGCCGUCUGUUACGUGUUCGCCACCAGUCAGACAAGCUGAAGACAUUGCACUGAAGGAAGUAACAGCACGCGUACUGUACAGUCCUCAUCAAAGCAAAACGGGACAGACAGCACUUUAUUUACAGUCAGGCCGCUCGAGUGCUCAGUUACAGCUUCAUGUUAUUGCAGUUGAGUGAGUGGAAAUGAGGUCCGUGAACGUCAGUCGAGUGGAAGCAGAGGGAGUCGUGGGUGAACGUCUAAGCAAGUCUGAAGAACGGGUUUAAACAGGCGCCGGUCAUGUAAUCAGAACAUCAGCAAAAAGUUGAUUUAUUUCACUAAUUCCAUUCAGAAAGUGAAACUUGUACAUUAUCUUCAUUCAUAACACACAGACUGAUAUAUUUCAGAAGUUUAUUUCUUUUAAUUGUGAUGAUAACUGACAACCAAUGAAAACCCCACAUUCAGGAACUCCGAAAAUUUAAACAUUAAUACAAAAUGUUUUGAAUUUUUGAAUGGAACCAAUUUUUUGAUGCUAUUCUAAUUAUAUGACCAGCACCUGCAGAUCCUCACACUAUGUAUAUUAUACAGACUUUUACUUCUCAGUGAAGGUCUACGUCUGUGUAUCGACCAGUCCAGAAUUGUGUAUUUUGACUUUAUGCACAAAGUUGUUUAAAUGGUGUUAAAGAGUCUUUGUUAAAUAUGUUUGUACAUUAUAUAAAUCACCAAUAACAUCGAAGUCCUUUCUGUA